AUGGCCCAUUAUACUGAUACCGCAGACGAGAUUCUGAAGAACUUGCGCUUUGCGAUGCGUGCUCGCUCGCCGGGGGAUCCUAGCAUCACCACGGACGAUCCUGCAGACCAUGAGCAUCUGCCCCAGCCUACCCAGUUCAUGCCGGGUAACGUCCUCCAAACAUCGCGGCACCGUGCCUCUGCUUCUUUUAUUCAUCUAUCCGCAGGCGAGCAGGCGGAAGAUGGCACAGCUUUCUGUCCCUUCAAGCUUAUCCGGUCAUAUCCUCAUAGCCUAACCAACCAGAACGAUCGGAAACGUGUGGCAGACGUCUUCAAGGCUACCUUGUUUGAGGAUCGUUUUUGGGACUUCUUUUACCUGCCAGACCCAAGCCCAAACUGCAGAGAUCCUCUUCUGUUGGUUCCCACGAUGCAGUUUGAGGAAUACCUUGGUGUCGUAAAUUCCCAGCUGGACAUGAACCUUCCCAUUCUGGAAAGUGAAGCGAGCAAGAAGUUCGUUCUCACGUUCGGCGAAAGCGGGACGCCCGCCCCCCGUUUCCUAGGAAGAGCCGACAGUGAUAAUGCCCUCGGAGCUCUAAAGCCACAAGCCCACAAGCUUCCCAGAGACAAUCUCGGCAGCCUUAGCGACAAAGAUCUCUUAUAUUUUAGGGACAAGAUGGAUGUGAUAUACCAUUCUACCAGAUCGAAGAAUAAGAAUAAGAACUCCGAAAUGGCUAGACUGAGGAGAAUUGAGCGCCAGAAGGACUGCAGCAGAAUGGUCAAGCGGGUGCAACGAUAUCUCGGGUUUCGUGGCCGCGUCGGCGGGGGCGGGGCGGUACCGCUCGGGUCCGUACGAUUUGUCUGUGUCGAUAUCGAGGCAUGGGAGAAAGUACCGAGCAUUGUUACGGAAGUGGGCUUCGCGACUCUCGACACUCGGGACAUUAUAGAUACUCCCCCGCUUGGUCGGGGUGGGCAGGGCUGGUUUCCACUCAUGAACUGUUAUCACUUCAUCAUUCACGAACAUAGAGAUAAGGUUAACUACCGAUACGUCAAAGGAUGUCCCGACUCGUUUGACUUUGGCGAUUCUGAAGUAGUUUCCUUGAGCAACAUUAGGGAAGCCAUCCAGAAGAUCAUCGGGGAUCCUGGAUCGGGGCAAGAGCGACCCGUUGUCAUGGUUGGACACGGCCUUGGCAAUGACCUCAAGUACCUCAAGAAGGUCGGAUACGAUAUCCGGCGUGUGAGUCAUCUCUCAGACGAGGUCGACACUCAGUCGAUGUUUCAACGCCUAGAAAAAUCACACAAUGGGCGUGGCCUCGCAAGUGUCUGUGAAGAACUAGGCAUACCCGGCAGGAACUUCCAUAACGCGGGCAACGAUGCGGUCUAUACGUUGCGUGCUAUGGUCGCUAUGGCGGUUAGGAUGAUCACCCAGGGUCCGGGGAUACAGGAGAGCAUGGAUGAUGAUCGCGGCGACGAUGACGAGUGGAGCGACGGCGAAAUGGACGACGGAGGCGAGCCCAGGAUAUCGACAACGGCCUCUUCGCACUAA